AUAAUGGAGGUUAUAAUUUGACGUUUCUGUACCUGUUGAGUGUUAACUCUAAUUUUCUAUUCUGUCACCUGUUCUGUUUUAAUGUUUAAUCAACAAAUUGUGAAAUUUAAAGGUUUAAUCAUGGUUUGAUAAUCAUUUAUCUAAUCGGACAAUCCACAUUUGAACAUUGGAUAAAUUUAAACUUUAAUAUUAACAAUGGCUAGAUACUUCAAAGAACAAGACAUCGAUGAAUUCAGGGAAUGUUUUUAUUUGUUUGCUCGGUCUGGACACAUAAAAUCUUUAGAUGAAUUGACUGUUAUAAUGAGGAGCUUGGGAUUAGCUCCAACCAUUUCAGAACUAGCUGGUUAUCUUAAACAGAAGGGUGGAAAAAUGAGUUUUGCCGAGUUUCUUGAAGUUAUGCACAUUCAUUCAAGAGUUGAAAAUCUACCAAAGGAAAUAGUAGAUGCUUUUAAAGCAGGCGAUAGUUCAAACAAAGGUUUGAUAUCUGCAAAGCAGCUCCGUCAUAUGCUGCAAAACUGGGGGGAAUGUUUAUCGUCAAAAGAAGUUGAUAGAAUUUUCAGAGAAGCCAACAUCACAAAUAAUAACAUGGUUAAAUAUGAAGACUUUGUGAAAAUAGCAUGCGCCCCCAUACCCGAUUAUUAUUAAGUGAUACUAUGCAUUAUUUAACAAAAUUUAAUCACAUAAUCAGGGAUUUCUUUUUGGUGGUGUUUACAAGAAAUAUUUUAGACAGUAUAUUAAUUUUUAUUUGAUAGAUUUUAUUUCUAAACAUAUAUUGAAGGAUUUACACAAAUUACCUUGUAUUUUGAUCCUACGCACAUUUUAUAAUAAAUAUUUGAAACUA